GAAAAAGAAAAGAAGAGUAAGGGGAAGAAGAAGCUCCGAAAAGAAAAGCCGGCAGAACAACCGCCGGCCACAUUACCUGCCACUGUUCCCGGCCCCUCGUCAGAAGGAGAGGGCUGGAGUACGGUGGUUAAGAGAAAAGGAAGGAGGAGAACCCAACCGGAUCCGACAGGCUUGGUCAAGGUACAUUAGGACAUGACAAAGGCAGGAUUGACGGGGGCCUCCAAAGCCUCCCAAAGACCAAAGCCCACGAGAAGACCGAGAAGGAGGAGAAACGCCGCUCCCACUGCAGCUGCAGUAGUCGUCACGCUACAGCACGACGCAGUGGAACGCGGUGCCAAUUAUAAGGACGUCAUCGAAAGGGCCCGCCAACAAAUCAAUUUGGCGGAUCUGGGUCUGACAGAGGGCGUCCGGUGCAGACAGGCGGCGACAGGAGCCCGAAUAAUGGAACUCCCUAGCACUGCGACCAGCGAGAUGGCUGACCGUUUUGCGGAGAAGCUACGCGGAGUCCUGGCGGGAAUAGCCAGAGUCGCCAGACCGGUAAAAUGCUCCGACGUACGGAUCUCAGGUCUGGAUGACUCUGUAACGAAGGAGGAUGUUAUGGCUGCGGUUAUAACGAAGACGGGUUGCUCCUCAGAACAUGUAAAGGGGGGCGACAUUCGCACUGGUCCCGGAGGGACCGGCUCUAUAUGGGUGCAGUGCCCCGUGGCUGCCGCCAACACCUUGGUAGCUGCGGGUCGUCUGCUCGUUGGCUGGAGCUCGGCUCGAAUCCAGCUGUUAGAACCGCGAGCCAUGAAGUGCUAUCGCUGCCUGGAGUUAGGCCAUACAGCGCGGCGGUGCCAAUCAGAAGUAGACAGGGGCCAGCUGUGCUACCGGUGCGGUCAGGCGGGUCAUAAGGCCUCAGAUUGUUCCGCGAAGCCCCACUGUGUUGUAUGCUCAGCGGCGGGUAGAAACCCGAACCACACAGCGGGCGGCAAAGGUUGUGUCCCUCCGAAGAAGGGGCGCAAAAGAGGAGGGAAGCCUCAAGCGACGGGCCGGCCACAGGCCAGACAGGAGGAAUUGAUGGAGACCAAUAAUGGCUAGACAACCAUCACAAUUUCUCCAGACGAACUUAAACCACUGCGCUG